AUGGCCUUUCCCCGGCGAGACCCCGCCAUCUACUUCGCCGGCUUCACGCAGCACCACUGCACCUACAAACAUGUCAAUGGCCAUCCCAUCGACCUGACGGUGUUCGUCCCUUCCGAUCUGCCUCGGGACACCAACGCUCCAGCCCGUCCCGUAAUCGCGCGCUUCCACGGCGGCGGUCUCAUAACUGGCGCGCGCCUGCACCCCGGCUCCUUCGCGCCGUGGAUCCUCGAGCUCGCGCGCGCGCAGGGUGCCGUCCUCGUUACGCCCGACUACCGUCUCCUACCCGAAGCCCGCGGUGCCGACGUCUUGGCUGACGUCGCUGACUUCUGGGCCUGGCUGCGCAGCCCGCAGGGCCUGCAGGCCGCGGUGCCGGAUCUGCCCGUGGACAUUGACCGUGUGCUCGCUAUGGGGGAUAGCGCGGGCGGCAUGCUCGCCCUGCAGGCGGCGUUCAUGGGCGCGCCGGGCAUCCGCGCCCUCAUCACCGCGUACCCCAUGGUUGACCUUCGCAGUGACCACUUCACCCGCCGCUGCGAGAAGAACAUCCUGGGGCUGCCGAUGCUGGACGAGGAGCUGGUGGAGGAGUACAUCGAGGCGGCGCGCAGCAAGCCCGGCGUCGUCCUGGCCUCUGCCGAUAUCCCGGACCGCAUGGACCUCAUGAUCGCCGUGUUCCAGCAUGCUCGCUUCGGCGAGCUGCUCGGCCCCGAGCGCGAGCUGUACCCCUUUGACCGACUCGAGGACGUUAGCCGCGCGGGCGCGCGCCUGCCUCCGCUACUCGUCACCCACGGGUCGGAUGACUCGAUCAUGCCAUCUAGCGGUAGCCGGCUCUUUGUUGAAGCGUGGCGCCGGUGGCAGCCCGAGGCUCGCGUCGAGCUGGUCAUGCGUCCAGGCGAGCACGGCUUCGACAACAGCGUGGGUGCCGACGAGGAGUGGUUCAAGGGACCAUUGGAGGCCAUCGUCCGGGAGUGGUUGGGGACUGGACCGUAG